UUCCAUGCUGGAGAAGUAGUAGCGAGCAAUGUGAUAGACAGAGGGGGACGCUGCUGCCUUGGCUGGACCUGCUGCUGCUGCUGCAACCAUGUGUCUCUCUCUCUGGCUGUGACACAGUAACAAGGAAAUUGGUGGGAUCUUUCUUUAUCUCCACAAGGGAAAGGUGACCCGCACAAAGGCUGGCAGCGAUGGAGGAGGACAUGGGCAGCAUGCAGCAGAAGGCUGCUGAGCUGGAGCACAUGGCUGAGGUCUUGCUCACUGGGGAGCAGUUACGUGCAGGGACUGGAGUAGCAGCUGCAGAGGUGCCCCAUGACCUGCCUAUAUGUUGGCUCAGACUGCAUGAAGAAAAGGUAAUUAAAGAUCGAAGGCAUCAUCUCAAGACAUAUCCAAACUGUUUUGUUGCCAAAGAAUUGAUUGACUGGCUGAUUGAUCGCAAAGAGGCCUCAGACAGAGAGACAGCAAUUAAACUUGUGCAGAAAUUAUUGGAUCGCAGCAUUAUCCAUCAUGUUUGUGAUGAGCAUAAGGAAUUCAAGGAUGUCAAACUUUUCUACCGCUUUAGGAAAGAUGAUGGAACAUUGCCACUGGAUAACGAGGUGAAGGUGUUCAUGAGAGGACAGAGGCUAUAUGAAAAGCUGAUGAAUUCUGAGAACACACUUUUACAAGCCAGGGAAGAGGAGGGAGUCAAGUAUGAACGGACUGUCAUGGCAUCUGAGUUGAUUGAGUGGCUGAUCCAGGAAGGAGAAGUCACAACAAGGACUGAGGCAGAACAACUUGGCCGUAGACUGUUGGAGCAUGGAAUUAUACAGCACGUGUCCAACAAGCACCAUUUUAUGGAUAGCAACCUGCUGUACCAGUUCAGAAUGAAUUUCCGCCGGCGACGGAGGCUGAUGGAGUUGCUCCCUGAGAAAUCCCGUUUGAUGCCAGAAAGUCACGACAGUCCCUUUUGCCUGCGCAAGCAGAACCAUGACAACAGAAAGCACACCAGUUUUCAGUCAGUGAGUCCCACCAAAGAGAUAAAGAUCGUAUCAGCAGUCAGAAGGAGUAGCAUGAGCAGUUGCGGCAGUAGCGGUUACUUCAGCAGCAGCCCUACCCUCAGCAGCAGCCCCCCAGUAUUAUGCAACCCAAAAUCUGUAUUAAAGAGACCAGUGACUUCUGAUGAACUCUUGAUGCCUGGAGCCCCAUAUGCAAGAAAAACAUUCACAGUUGUCGGUGAUGCUGUUGGGUGGGGCUUUGUUGUGCGGGGGAGCAAGCCAUGCCAUAUUCAGGCUGUGGAUCCCAGUGGCCCUGCAGCUGCGGCAGGGAUGAAGGUCUGUCAGUUUGUGGUUUCUGUGAAUGGACUCAAUGUUCUCCAUGUGGACUACAGGACCGUGAGCAAUCUCAUUCUGACUGGCCCUCGAACUAUUGUCAUGGAAGUGAUGGAGGAAUUAGACUCCUGA